UUUUAUUUUUAAACGACAAUAAAUUCGGUCAACAUGUGAUGAUUGAACUUAACGCCAGUCCAGCUUCUCUAACAGUACUCGAAGUCGAAUCCAAUGUGUCUAAGCGACUGUUAAAAACAACGUCAUUGGACGACAGUAGGAUUCAAAACACAGUCUCUGCCCUAAAUUUUGGAUUGUGAUAACCGUGUAAAGAAGAUUUCAGGAUGGGUUCUCAACAGUUCUGUUUACGUUGGAGCAAUCAUAAUAGCAACAUGCUAGCAAUGUUUGAAGGGCUGCUUUGUAACGAGGCUCUCGUGGAUGUGACUUUGGCAUGCGAAGAUGAUAGUUUGAAGGCUCACAAAAUGGUGUUAUCUGCGUGUAGUCCAUUCUUUCAAAGUCUCUUCAUUGAUAACCCCUGUAAGCAUCCGAUUGUGAUUUUGAAAGAUGUGAAAUAUUCUGAGCUCAAGAGUAUCAUUGAUUUCAUGUAUCGGGGGGAAGUUCAUGUUUCCCAGGAGCAUUUAUCAUCCUUGCUUAAAACUGCUAAGUUUUUAAAAGUGAAGGGUCUUGUGGAAGUGACAUCCAGUAAUCGUUAUAUGAAUCUUCAAAAGCAAAAAAUGUCAGGACAACAGGAAAAACAAUUACAAAGGGUUGACUCGAUGACUGAGUCUCUAGAGCCUAUUUCAUCACAAUCACUGAGAAUCGUUAAUAGUUAUUCAACCUUUCAGGCUCAUCCUCAGUCUGGUAAAAUUGCUGUUCAGAAGAUUAAAAAGAAGCGUGGAAGACGACGUAAAACCGAUCCUUCUUUCUCAGUUAGUACUAGUAAUUUCAGAGAUAGUACUGGGAAGCCCCAAACAGAUAUUUAUGCUAAACGCCCUAGAGAAGAUAGCACUGAACUUAAUAGUACAGCCCCAAGAGUAACCCGACCCAGGCGUAAUGCAAAAAAAACAUCCUUGGACUCUCAGAAUUUUACAGACACCUCUCUGACUGACAGUUCUGAGAAUGAAGAAAACACUGCCGCAGAUUGGAAUGAUCAGAAUCAGAUUUAUUCUGAGAGAGCUCAUAUACAGGAUGACGAGGGAAGAGGAAUUACUAUAGGUGCAAUUAUUAAAAAUCCAGUAGAUAACAUCUUAGCCUUACCUUCAACAAGUACAGACCGAAAUGACUUACCAGCAAUGCAGUUUUCAGACCAAUUGCCAGAAGAGAUGGGUAGUAAUGCAUUCCUCACUUCGUCUGUUAAUACAUCAGAGAUAAAUAUGGGUGUUGAAGAUCCUAGUGAACUGCAAGAUAUAAAGCCACCACCAAAACUGCUGGCUUUUGAAGAACCUCCUCUACUCUCAAAUCCUGAAGUGAACCUUCAGAUGAGAAAGGAAUCUGCAAACAAGAGUUUGUGUACAUCAGAAGAACAGAUGGAUCUUCCAGUAUUUUCAGUUCAAGAUCCUUCCAGUUUGUGCAUGAUUUCUCCAAAAGUUGUAAAGAAGAAGAGGAGACCAGAAUGUCCAAACUGUGGGAAAAGUUUCUACGAUAAGAGUACAUUGAACAGACACAUUAUUAGAAAAUGUCCAAUCUGAAAACUUACCCAGUUGAUCAUUCUUUUGAGUACAAUUAAUAACCACAUCAGCAUUUGUAAAAAAACAUAAAAAGUUUUCACUUUUGACUUAGUUAGUGAAGUAUUUUAUUCAUUGAACUACCAAAACUUGAUUUACUGGAACAAAAUAUGAUUUAGGAAUAAGAAACGUAUCACAGAUUGAAAUCAUUGGUGAAUAUACACACUAGGAAUUGACUUGUAAUACAAGUAAAUGAUGUGUUUUUGUUUCUUAAAAAGUAAUAUUUUGUAAAUUUUAAAUGUUGAUAUAAUUAUCCAUGAAGAUAAGGUUUUGAAUUUGUUUUUUCAACUCUCUCUGAAUUUUUAACUUUUCUUUUUGGAAGAAACAUUGCAAGAUAGAGUGUUAUUAAUACAAAUAGGAUCGUGUGAUCAGUACUACAGUUUGUCAUUUUGCCCCUUACUUGGGUCAAAUUCGUCGCUCAUCGUCUUGAGUUUUUAUUGUAUAAACUUUGUGACCUGUCCAAACCAUUAAUCUGUGUUCUUCUAACCAAGAGUGUGAGUGUAGGUAAGAGGUAUCACAAUAGAUGUGUAUAGAAUUUUAAUACAAAAGGAGCCAAUCAGAGACAAGCUAAAGGUUAGCAACUAGUCUACCUUGCUAUGUACCUGUUGGGUCAGUGACCUAAAAAGGCCUAAUAUAUACCAAUGAAAAGACAAGAAAAUAGACUGGCAGCACUAUAGCUAUUAAGUCAUGACAGUCCUGAAGUCUUGGUUGCAGGUGAAUGGUGGUGAAACUUCAAGAAUGAGUAACAGAAAUAAAUAAAUAUUGUAAUAUAUACUGUAGGUGAGUAAAGACUGUAGCCUGGAUCCCAUGUACAUAAUCAUGUUAAACAAGUACUAACUGACAGGUAAGUAGAUUGUUUAUUAAAUAACCUUUGACAAUGAUAUUGUCAUUAAAUAAAAUAUUUUUUGGGCAUAAUUUUGAUCAGUCAUGGUGUUUACAUCAACAGGAGUUGUAUAUUACAAUUAUGAAUGUUUUUUUUUUUACAGAAUUGAUGUGAUUUUUUAGUCAAUGUUAGUAUAUUAUAUGAUCGGUUAGCAUAUGUUAGUGUACUAUGUGAUUGGUUAAUUAGAGGUGGCUGAGUAUGUGAUUGGGUAAUCAGUGGUGGCUUAUUAUGUGAUUGGACAGUCAGUAUUACUGUAUUUUAUGAUAGGCUUCUCUGUGGUGACUGAUUGGUCAAAAGAGAUGGUUUAUUAUAGAACUGGCUGAAAGGUUUUAGUACACUGUAUGAUUUGUCAGUCAGUUAUCAUAUAACUGGUCAUAAGUAACCAUGCUGUGAUAAAUUUUUAUGGAUGUUUAGGAUCAACAAUUACGUAGCUUUUCUGAAAGUAACAUAAUUAAAAGAUUAUAUACAAAAGUGAUUAUUUCUUUGUUUUAUUAUGUAUUUAGACUUUUUUUUUUAUAAAACAAUUAAGAUACUUGUGAGAACAUUGGAUAAUUCCUGGUGUAUGUCACUAUUUAGUUUAAAGAUUAGUAAGUGGUCUUGCUGAAAUAAAGAAAAUAGUUACAAAUGUUCUCUCUACAAAUUAAUUUCUGGAGACUUAAAGACUUUUUUCUUACAUUAUGUUUUAUAUAUUUAGUUAUAUCAGAAUUACUUGUUUUAGAAAACUAUACAGAAACUUAAUGUAUAACAUCACUGUUGUGUUCUGCAUCAUAUUUUGGAAAUUAGAUCAAAUGUGUGAAGAAACACAGUUUUCCAAUUCUGCACCUUGUGAUUAUUGUAUGCCUAAUCAUACAUCAUAAUACAUUUAGCAUCUGCCAAGCCAAGAAACUAAGCACUCAAGUCUUUUUUGUUUUGUUUUUUACAGAACAUUCUUUACUUUCAAUGCAUUGAAAAACUUUUAUAUAGUGUUUUUUUUUAAAGCUUUACAGUAUUAAAAGCUGCAUAUUUAGACAAUAAAAAAUGUUUUAGACCAAUGUUUUUCAACCAUCAAUCUGUGGACUGGGACUGGUCCAUCACAGCCAUGUCCAUGGGAUUCCACAAAAACAAAUACACAAAAAGUGACAGAAUAUUCACACGGUUAUCGAUAUUUAUUACUGUACUUGCAUUUCAAUGGUCUGAAACAUUUUAGGGAGGCAGUGAGCCGGUCCCUGGUAUUGAAAAGGUUGAGAAACACCAAUUUAGAUUUUUCUUUUGUGGACAUGUUUCAGUCACAGAAAAGAGAGUGUAUGUAUUUAUAUUGAUAAACUGGACAGUGUUUUCAAUCAUUUUACAGUGGUACCAGAAAAUUACUUUGUACAGAGUUCUUGAAAUGUUUCUUUAUCACAAGCUCUGUUCUGCAUUAAGGAUUUACUUAAUGUAUCCUUCCUAGUUAAAAUAUUUAGAAAAUUAAUUUCAUCAGUAUGAUAAGUUCUUGAUGUUGAAGAAAAGGUUUGAGAUAUUAGUAAAAGUACUUCUGAACCUGUGUUGUAUACAUUUUCUUUAUUUUUCAUAAAGUAACUCCAUUACUUAUGGCAAGGCAAGCUCGUAUUGCUAAUAUAUUUAGGAUAGUAAUUUCAAUCUGGAAUCAAUUUAUUAUACUAGGAUACAUUUAUGAAUGAUUUUUUAUCUUUUUUUUUUUAGUUCCUUAGAUUCUAGUAAACAUUCUCUCAAUUAAAAAACAAAAAUACAAUUUUCUGUAAAUAAAACUUGUACAAGAGAGAGAAAGGUUGAUGAUAGGAGAAGAAAUAAGAGAACAUAAAAGUAACCUAUGAUAAAUUACCUGAAAAGAAUGAAAAGUUGACUAAUGUGAGAGUGGAAAAAUAAAGAGUUAACUGAAAUUGUUAAACUUUUUUUUUUUUGUUUUCACACUAAUUUCCUUUAUAUUUACACUAUAGAGUUUACCUUUUCCAUAUUUGUUAGACAAUUUACAUAAAUUUGGAAAUAUGAAGAAUUUUUCACAUUGUGUAUGGGACCUAGUUUUGGGCCAUAUUAAAUUGUGUUUAAUGUUUUCUUAUAAUCUUUGAUCAUGUUUAAAGUUAUGCCUUUGUUGAAGAAAGAAAAGGAAUUUGAUAUAGAUCAUAAUAUUGGGAACAAUACUAGGGUGAGAUGGUGAUGUAUCCCUUUCCUGUAUGAUUUACUUUGGUUUCAGUUUUGGUUAGAAUUUGUGUAAUUGCACCAAAUUGCAGAUGUAUUUGUAUCAAACUAUUCUUCAGCUUGUCUUCAUUGAUUUUGUGUAUCAGUGACAUUUGUGAAUAAAUGACAUUUCUUCAAAUUUUUUUCUUCCUUAAGAAAUG